AUUUUGUGCGUUUCAUAGCAACUUUCUACACAAUAAUUAUUUUUGUUGUCAGCUGCCGCCGAAAAUAUAAGACAACUGAAAAUGACUUCCCAAGCAGAACUUCAAAAGAAACUCAAUUUGGAAAGGGCCACCAACUUUAUGAGACAAUACAGAGACCCCAAUUCCAGAGAACUCAAGAAACUCUCCGCUAAUCAGUUUAUGGAAGUUUGGAGCCAUUACGAUAGAGACGGGAAUGGUUACAUAGAAGGUACCGAGUUAGAUGGAUUUCUAAGAGAAUUCGUUUCCAGUGCAAACGCUACUGAUGUUGGACCUGAGGCUGUAUCUGACGACAUGUUAAUAGAACUGAAAGCUUGCUUUAUGGAGGCAUAUGAUGACAAUCAAGAUGGGAAAAUUGAUAUUCGUGAGCUGGCUCAGUUACUGCCCAUGGAGGAAAAUUUCCUGCUGUUGUUUCGUUUCGACAAUCCUUUGGAAUCGAGCGUGGAAUUUAUGAAGAUUUGGAGAGAGUAUGACACGGAUGGGAGCGGUUAUAUAGAGGCUGACGAGUUAAAGAACUUCCUGAGAGAUCUGCUCAAAGAGGCGAAAAAAAUAAACGACGUCUCCGAGGACAAACUCAUUGAAUACACGGACACAAUGUUGCAAGUUUUUGAUGCAAAUAAAGAUGGACGCUUACAGUUAUCGGAAAUGGCAAAGCUACUUCCCGUAAAAGAAAAUUUCUUGUGCAGGCAGGUUUUCAAGGAAGGAUUCGAAGGUGCUACUAAACUAACCAAAGACGACAUUGAAAGGGUUUUUGCACUUUAUGACAGAGAUAACAAUGGAACAAUUGAAAAUGAAGAACUGAGAGGAUUUCUAAAAGACUUAUUAGAACUUGUUAAGAAGGACUACGAUGCUCAAGAUCUUCAAGACUUUGAAGAAACCAUUCUUCGAGGCGUGGACUACAAUCAGGAUGGCAAAAUCAACAAGAAAGAACUGACCAUGAUUCUCCUAGCUAUCGCGAAGCACAAUCAGGAGGAGGAACCAGCGGCAUAAGGGAAACACGAAAACGCAGCGUGACGAAAUAAUUCGUAAUAUUUAAGGUUUUGAAGUUGCCAAUUUAUCGACGUUAUACCAUAGCACAAAUUUUUAACGGUUAAAUUAGUUUUCUAAAUGUAAUGUCGUUUUACUCAAAACGGUGUAACUUCUGAAGCUGCUGCAUCUGUUUUGUUCUAAAAGUUUUUCUUUUCUGAAAAUAAAUUGUUGUUUCUAAACCGUCCUAUAUCGGAGUUCUAAAGUAACAUUAGAUAUAUUGCUAUGAGAAUCCGGGAGAUAUCUUGUAUGGUAUACUUCUUAGAAUAAAUACAAAAAAAAAUCAGGAAUUUAAGAGGACAAGACAAUAUAGUGCGUUUUGUUUAUUAUUUUUUUACAGAAUGACUUUAUACAACAGUUUCAUACAAAACUACUGAAUAAAAGAAUGAUUUAUUUUAUUUUAUUUUUACAUUUCAUUGUAAAACUCCGACUUUUUAGACAGAGACAGUUAUAUGAGGAAUCACUGAGUUGCUGAAUUAUUCUCAGUGGAUUUUUACUUGAAGUUUCAGUGACAAAAUACAGAUUUUUUUUUGUUUCAAACCAACAAUAUUCAAGUAACAACGAAUAUAAUUAUUACUUUUGAUUGUGAGUUUUUUAUGAGUAUAGCAUUCAUCUGGUAGAAUACUCAUUAUAAGUUUUAAUUACACACAUACUCAGUUCAGGUUGUAGUUGUAACUCAUAGGUACUGCCUUUUAUUGAAACUGUAUUAAAUAUUUAUACAAAUUGAAAGUAAGCAAUUGAUAAAAAAGUAAAAACAGCAACAAAAACCAUAUAAAAUUAAUAUUAGGUCUAAUAUAUAAUUUAUAUCUAUCAAACUUGCACUGCUUCAGAAAGUUUCAUUUCAAUUAUAGUGAAUGUUAGAAUUUAAACACCAGUUUGAAACACCAAAUUCGAAAGAAAAUGUAAUGUAAUUAUAAACUGCUACUUGUCCUUAACUUUCUUAGAACAGCCAGCUGCCGGAUUAUUACGCUCAUCGUGUAGUUAAUCAAAAUAUAAUUCUUACACGUCUAUUUAUAGAGGAAUACACUUUUAACAGAGUGCCAAUCAAAAAGUUGCCGCAAACAGAGGUUCUUUUUAAUUUGAACCAGGUCUCUUUGAGAAAAAUGGAUGCCUUCUUUAACCUAACCUGUACUUUCUACCGUGUUUGACUUUGAACCGUGGCAAGCCUAUUUGUAACAACAAAUCUGUUUGACAACUUUUUGAUUGGCACUCUGUUAAAAGUGUAUUCCCCUAUAAAUAUAUGUGUAAAAAUUAUGUUUUGAUUAUUGAUAUUGAACUACUUGAUGAGCGUAAUAAUCCUGCAGCCGGAUCCUGUAUUAUCUAUUGUAUGUUUAUGUUACGUAGGUAAAAUCGUAAUAUUAAGAUCCGGUAAAAUCAUUAGCUUAUCGAUUUCAAUCAAGAAACUUAAAAAGCUUUAAGUGAAUGAAUUAAUAUAUUAUAACGUAGUUAUCCAUUUUGAAAGAGUAGGCUUUUGUAGAGCUUUAUAAAAGCAGCAAAAGGAGUAAAAUGGAACGCUGUCAAUAAGCUAAGAUAUACAGAAAAGAUAAAAUAAUAGUUAAUACCUACCGAGAAGGAAAGUGUUUUAUUACUAUCUUGGUUAACUAAUUAUUAUAUCUCUAUAUAAGUAACGAAAACAUUCGUCUGACGUUCGUAUAGGUACUAUUUUAUUUACAACCACACCAUUAAUCGAAAACUACAUACAUUUUUUUAUUUACAUACAAUAUUUUAUUUUAAUUAAAAAUAGAAAAUUGAAUAAUUUAAAUUUUAUUUAAAAAAUGUAGUAAAUGCUAAAAAUGUUCUUUUAUGGUUGAGGUGCCAUCAAAACCAGUAUCAUAUAAUUUGAUACUUUGAUUGAUUAAUAAACUUUUGACAAUUUUGAAUUUCUAAUUCCUUCGAAUUCUUGUAACAUAGAAAGGCAAAAUGUUGUUAGAAAGUGACAAUAACCAAGAUUUUUAUAUUGGUACCGUACUAUAAUUUGAAGAAUCUGCAGCUUCUUUAAGUAAUGGCCUGUAAUGGUAAGGCACAUAAAUAAGAGAAAUAAAAGAGAGAAGUAAAGGUUGAUAGUGUGACACAAAAUUUUAAAGUUAUGUUAACAUUAUAAAGGGUGUGAAAAAAAUAGUGUAUCUAACUUCGGUAAGUGAUUCUGCAGAUAGAUAUAAAACAAAAAGUUCCUUUUAACAUAUGCCCUAAAAUUGUCCCCGAAGAUGUUACAAAGGUUAUAAAUAAAAAUAAUAUAUUUUGUUUAUUUUUAAGAACAUUUUUAUACCGUUUCUCCUGAAAUUUGGUACUCCUACUCACAUUUUAAUUAUUAAACUUCCGUAACACCCCUCAAAAAGGGUACUUUCCAUUAGGGUACUACUGGUGGUACCUCUUUUAUCCUUGUAGGUACAGUAAUUUCAACAUAAUAUGCCAUUAAUAGCUAGACCUUUUUUACGUAAAUAAGUGCUCUGUAUUUAAUUUGAAACGGUGAACGAUUUUCAAGAUAUUUGCGUUUAAAGGUUACGAUGCAUCGAUUUUAGUAUUGUAGAGAAAUGUUAAAGUAUAAAGAAAUUUUAAAUAAAUUAACCUUCUGAUUUCGCUAAUGCUUUAGCGAAUCAAUCCGACGUAUCAAUUUUAAUUGAUACGUCGGAACGUUUAAACGCAAAUAUCUUGAAAACCGUUUACCGUUUCGAACUAAACGACGAGCACUUUAUUUACAUAAAAAAGUCGUAGUAUUAAGUCUUAUUUGUUGAAAUUACUGUAUCUAUAAGGAUAAUAGAGGUACCACCAAUUUUUCAUUGUAUUUUUAUUGUACACUAUCGCCAUUCGAUUUCGUAUUAAAAUGUGUGUAAGACUACCAAAUUUCAAGAAAAAUAAUUUACCAUGUUCUUAAAAAUAAACAAAAUAUAUUAUUUUUAACUAAAAACUAAAUUUUGUAUUAUUUUUAUGUACCAUUUCGAAGACUCUAACUUCAAGAAGCAUUUUAGGGUAUAUGUUUAUUGGAAAUUUGUGUUUUAUUUUUAUCUCUAGAAUCACCAACCGAAGUUAGACACACUAAUUUUUUGACACCCUGUAUAAUAAUAUCACCGAGAAUAUCACCAUAUAAUAUGGUUGUAAAUAAAAUAUUUUUUAGUUUUAUUUCCAUCGUAAAACAAUGUAAUUAUAAACUGCAGGCAAUUAAUAUUAAAUAAGAUCUUAGUUACUGUGAACUGUUAACAUAUGAUUGAUGUUGUACUAUAUUUUCUACUGUUUCUUAUACAAAUAAAUGCUAGUGUGUCGUUUAGUAUAUUUAUAAGUAUGUAUUAAAUUAAUUUAUAAUAAUUAUAUCAUAAAUCAGAAUAUGAUUAACGUUAACAUAUUAUUUAAACAUUUUUUAAGAUAUGUAAUGUUAAUUUCUGAUACAUUUAAAAUCGUAUACUUAAUGGUUGUUCGUAUAUUUUUAAGAAUAUUUAUUUAUACCGUGUGGUGCAUCGGAACACAAACAUAGGAAAUCUCAUGUAAAUUUUGAAAAGUUAAAAUAUUAUCU